GCAAAGUGUUUACCAAGAAGAAAAUUUAAAUCAACCUAAAUUACAACAAACAAAACAACAACAUCAACAACAGCAAUCUCCACAUAAACCAGACUCAAUAGAAAAACAUACCACAAUAUCCCAAUUAGUUUUAUCAAAUACCCAACAACAACAAAAUCCAAAUAUUAAUUAUAUCAACACAACACAAUCAGCUACAUAUCACCAAAUUUGUUUACCUUCAGAUUCAAUUAUUGGAAAUAAUAAUUAUGAAUUUGGAGGAGGAGAAGGGGGUUGGGAAGGAACACAACAACCGCCUAAUUCGAAUGAAACGUUUAUUGAAAACAAAGGAAAUACAACCAAAAGUUGGGGAUUUUUAAAUAAUAAUUUAUUCGAUUUUAAGGAUUUCCAUUAAUCUAUCGUGUCCAAAUGCUCAAAGGUUUUGAGGUUCUUUGUAAACGUUUACUCUUCCAUCUAGUAAAGGCUAGUGCUGGUUCUCCAAAAUGUUUUAUUGCACUCCCUUUUGCUCUGGUUGGCUUAAGCCUCUUGCUUUGCUCGUUCUCUUCGUCUUGGCCAUCUUCGCUCUUCCCUUUCUACGAUAUUUUCCAUUUUGGGACUGAUCAGCAGGAAUGUGUCAAGACGUUUUUCAUGUCGACAAAUUGUCAGUUUGGACAAAAAUCCUUUUUAUUCGAUACAAUACGUGAUUACAACAAUUUUCCCAGCGAAAAUCCUUUAUUUGAUGCGCCGCAACAUUCUCCACAUAAUGAGUUUACAAUAUUGUUAACAACAACAAAAACAAAUAUAAAAGGAGGUAGAGGUCCAAUAAUAACUCAGAACGGGACAUUAAUUCAGGUCUAUGUUCAACUUUUUAACCAAAUUCAAGAUUCGACUAUUCAGCAUCAUAAACAAGUUUAUAAGGUAACAGAUAGUUUUGUGGAAUUAAAAAUAAUUAAUCCAAAGUGGUGGGACCUUUGCCGACAAUGUCAUCUAGAUCAGGCUCUAGACAACUGGAUUAAAAGCAGUUUACCUCAAGAAGGGAAUUUGACAGAAAUUUCAAAUUUUUCCUCAAUGGAAGAAAGGACAAGGAAAAACCUCUUGCCAGACAUGUUUGGAGAUGUUGAAUUAAAUUCAUUUCAACAUGUCCAUUCUGUGAUAAUGAGAAUUAAGUUGAAACGACAUUUAAAGCCACAAAUAGUUGACUCUUUUGAGAGACACUUAAGACGAAUUAUAGUCAAUUUUUCACGUCAAAACAGCCUAGCAUCUUCCCAGGAAGAAGAAAAACCUCUAGGUAUCCAUUUCUGGUCUGCCCAACAACUUGCUGCUGAAAUUGAAAAUUCUCUUCGGCAAACACAUGUUAAAAUAUUAAUUUGUUGGGUAGCACUAUGUGGAAUUUUGGCAAUAGUUCAAAUUCGUUCUAGCACUUAUGAAAGCAGACCAAUGGUUGGUGUGCAACAAGCAUUGACCCUUCUAUUAGCUUCAGUUUGUGCCUAUGCUGUACAUUUAACAAGUUCUGAAAGAUUUAAUUCUCUCCUGUUUGCUCUACCUUUCACACUUGCAAGCAUAGGAUCGCUAACUUUUGCUGGUGUGGAUAGCGCCUUCGAGCGUUAUUCAGGAAUUGCAAUGCACCCAACAGAGAAAAUGGUUUAUUUUUAUGUUGUGUUUGCUUCAUUUAAUUAUGUUUUUAUUGAAGUUUAUUUAUUUAUGUUUUUGUUGUGUUUCUUUUUAUAAUAUGUUCAUGUUUAAGGUGUCUAUAUGUUGUGUUCACUUAUGUUUUUGUUCAAGUUUAUUUAAUUAAAUGUUUUUGUUGUUUUGUUUUAUGUUGUUUUAUGUUUAUUUAUUCAUGUUUUGUAUGUUCUUGUUCAAGUUUAUUUACAUGUUGUGUUUGCGUUUAUUUAUGUUUUUAUUCAAGUUUAUUUUUAUGUUCGUUUCUGAACUGUU